UUGGACUUACUUCAUGUUGUUGUUGUUUAUUCAAUUCAUAGGUUAUUAAACAUCACGUCUCCACUAUUAUCUAUUCCAAUUGGGACAUUUUUCAUUACAAUGUUUUUUGGAUCAAUUCCGUAUAAUCUUGCGUGUUGUCAAUCAGGAGAUAUAAUAUCGGAACUCAACUCAACAACUGACAUGUGGCAACCAACUGUUAAUAAUAGAAGACGAAGACCAUCACCAUCGGAAGCAGAUAUUAAUUAA